AUGCACAUCGCCACCGGCGAGGAGUACCCGGCGGUCCUCCGCAGCGUGGCUAGCCCUCGGACUGCCUCCGACUCCAUAGGAGCUUCCCGCAUCCUCAUGGUCAAGAACAUCGUUGUGUCUCUUGAUGGGAAGGCGGCCGCCGAGAGGAUCGAGGAAGCCCCUGAGGUCGAUCCUCUUCUUGAAUUCUACCCUCUCCUCAAGAACAAGUCCUCUGAGGAAUUGGCUGCCCUCAACAAAUCUGUGCUGAAGAAGCUGGACUGGAGGUUCUUGCCAUGCAUCACUCUGAUGCUACUUAUGAACUAUCUGGACCGCAUCAACGUUUCCAACGCCCGCCUUGCAGGCAUGCAAGAAGACUGUGGCAACAUGUCCGACACAAUGUGGUCCGCCGGUAUAUCCAUGUUCUACGUCGGCUACAUCAUCUCGCAGGUCCCUGCCAAUGUUAUCAUUGCCAAAGGCAAACCCAGGAUCCUCUUGCCCUGCUGCAUGCUGGCUUGGUCUGCUGUUACGAUCUGCAUGGCGGCCUUGAAGUCCGGCUGGGGCUUCAUGCUCUGCCGUUUCCUUGUCGGUGUUACGGAGGGACCGUUCCUGCCUGCCGUCGCCCUCAUGACAUCGUCGUGGUACACAAAGCAGGAGUCACCUCUGCGUAUGGGUAUUUGGCAUGCAGGGAACAUCAUUUCCAAUGUCUUCUCUGGACUCCUUGCGGCUGGUAUCCUGACGAAUAUGGAUGGCAUCGCCGGACUUCACUCCUGGCAGUGGUUCGUAUUGCUUGAAGGCAUUGUCAGCAUUCUGGUGGCUAUCUUAGGAUUUUGGUUCCUCCCAAACUGGCCUAACAACACCGGCACGUUCUUCUUCUCUGCUGAAGAGUCCGAGAUGGCUCAAUACAGGCAGAGAGUAUCUGCUGGCGGUAUCUCCGAGGAUGACGAGGGCGACUACUGGGACGGUAUCGUUCAAGCGUGCAAAGACCCAUUCACCUGGAUGUUCGCCGGUAUGCACUUCUCACUCAUCAUCGCGCAGUCAUUCAAAGACUUCUUCCCUUCGAUCAUGGACACUCUCGGCUUUUCCAAAGUAGUAACCUACCUUGUCCAAGCUCCGCCUUAUCUGAUCGCCUACUUCGUCACACUUGCUGUCUCUUGGUCGUCCGGUCGUAUGCUUGAGCACUGCUGGCACAUUGUCGCAUCCAUCUCCGUCUGUCUCGUCGGCGCCGUUAUCAUGAUCUCCACCCUCAACACCGCCGCCCGUUACUUCUCCCUCAUCCUCCUCUGCUCUGGUCCCUUCGUCGGUCUUAACAUCCAAAUCUCCUGGGAAACGACUGUGGUGCCGCGACCACGCACGAAGCGUGCGGCGCUAAUCGCCAUUGCAAACUGCGUUAGCAGCGUCAGUCAUUGGUUCACGCCAUACUUCUUUUUGAGGAGCCAGGAGCCGCGGUAUCAGACCGGUGGCGGCGUCAUUAUUGCUGGGUGUGGGCUUACCAUCGUCUUCUGUUUGAUGGCCAGAUGGUGGUGCAUGCGAAAGAACAGAGUGCUGGAACAGCUCGAGAACCAGCGAGGUGAUGAGAAAGGGUGGCGCUUCGCUACAUGA